CCUUCUAUGUGGGUCUUCUCACUGCAAUUCAUCAACAUCACAACCAAUGUCCUCCUUUCGAACUCCCUUGGUACUAUAAAUGGUAGUGCCUUCGAGGGCUCUGCAACGGUUCAAUGUCUGAGGUUGAAUGUGAAAAGGAGUGUAAGGCAGAGAAUGUGCUUGUAGUUUAGCAUUCUUGUGAUGUUCUGCUUUUAGUGUGAGAGGUUUAAAACUGCGCCAUACGACUUUUUGUGUAACCCUAAUAGAAAAUAAGUUUACUUAAAAUGUACAAUCGGUUAAAUGGGCCAGAGAGUUUUCUCAUCUCUGGAUAGAUCUGAAUCUGGGAUGAAAUAUAGCCCAAGGCCAAAAAGUAAGCUACAAAACUGGCCACAAAUGAAGGAUGAACGUGAGAGCUGGUUACCGAAUUGAAUAUUCGACAGAUACCGCCUUUCUAGUAUUUUCGACGGCGUUUAGACUGAGCUCGCUGAAAACUGGAGCAAGAAUGCGAGUGACAGUGGGUAGUGACAGGUGGAGUCGACUUGCAGCUCUUUCCUCUGUGGCGCUGCGAGAAUGCGGUACAAGCUGCUGCUGGUGAUAGUCUACUGCGAGCGACAUGCAUGCCCAAGCACCCAGAGCGGACGGCAAAGGAGGGUCCGUUCACUUCUUCAGGAGAAGUUUUCAACAGACAGUUUAUAAUCUAAAAUCUUUGUUUAGUUGCACAGUUCAGUUUCACGCGUUCCUCGUCGUCUCUCUCUUUGUCGUUGUCUCAUACUGAAAGCGAAGAGUGGGAGAAACGACGUCCUUCGAAUACUCGACGACCGUGCAGCAACUCAGGAGCAUGGGAACCCUGAGAGAUCUACAGUUUGCCCUGCAGAUGAAGAUUGAGGAGCUGAGACAGCGUGACGCCCUCAUAGAUGAGCUGGAGCUGGAGCUAGACACUAAGGAUGACCUCAUCGGGCAACUCCAGGGAGAGCUGGACCGCCACCGCUCUGCUUCCAGCCACUCAUCCUCCUCGGGGCCACUAGACCCCUCAGGUGGAGCGGUGCCCCCAGCCCCCCCAGAUGAGCCUCAGCGCAUCAAGCGGCAGGCCAUAUCUGCAGAGCCCACGGCCCUGGAUCCCACUCAGCUCACCCAUGUCACCCUCACCAACUACAGCAAGAGCAAAGAGUCCCGUGAGUUAAUUCAAGGAGCUCUACUGGAAAACGAUUUCAUGAAGCACUUGGAGCAGAGCCAGAUCCUCACCAUCAUGGACUGCAUGCAUCCGACGACCGUAUCCCAAGGGUGCUGUGUCAUUCAGGAAGGAGACGACGGUUCCCUUGUUUAUGUGCUUGAAGAGGGGGAGGUGGAGGUGACCAAAGGAGGCCAGAGACUGUGCACCAUUGAGCCGGGGAAGGUGUUUGGGGAGCUGGCCAUCCUGUACAACUGCACACGCACGGCCACAGUUACGGCACUCACUGAUAUCAAGCUAUGGGCCAUUGACCGGCAGGGCUUCCAGACUAUUAUGAUGAGGACAGGCCUGAUGAAGCACUCUCAGUACAUGGAGUUCCUGCGCAGCGUGCCUUCCUUCAAGACUUUGACUGAGGAUGUUUUGAGUAAAGUAGCUGAUGUCCUGGAGGAGACACACUACAGCGACGGAGAUUACAUCAUCCGAGAGGGAGCCACCGGCGACACAUUCUUUAUUAUCAGCAAUGGCCAGGUGAAGGUCACUCAACAGAAAGGUCCCAGUGAGGAGCCAGUGUUCCUGACCACACUCUCCAGAGGAGACUGGUUUGGAGAACAGGCCUUGCAGGGGGAAGAUGUACGCACUGCAAGCGUGACAGCUGUUGGAGAUGUCACUUGUCUUGUUGUCGAUAGAGAAUCCUUCAAACAACUGAUUGGGGGACUGGAAAAUGUUGGCAAUAAAGUGUAUGAGAGUGAUGAGGUCAAGGCAAAGGUGGAGGAAGAGGCUGCAUUUUUCUCCCUUGUGUCCCUCAGUGACUUCCGUAUCAUCUGCACACUGGGAGUGGGUGGCUUCAGUCGUGUGGAUCUGGUGCAGCUGAAGAAUGACACCAGUCGCUCAUUUGGGAUGAAGACUAUGAAGAAGAGACACAUCCUCGACACCAGCCAGCAGGGCCACAUCCUGUCAGAGAGACGGAUCAUGAUGGAGUCACACAGUCCUUUCAUUGUCAGACUUUAUCGCACCUUCCGAGAUGCCAAAUACCUGUACAUGUUACUUGAGGCCUGUCUGGGUGGGGAGUUGUGGACGCUGCUGAGAGAUAGGGGAUCGUUUGAUGAUGGCACCACACGGUUCUACACAGCCUGUGUGGUAGAAGCUCUCGGUUUUCUUCAUUGUCGAGGGAUCAUAUACAGGGACUUGAAACCAGAAAAUAUCAUCCUGGAUAACCAUGGAUAUGCCAAGCUGGUCGACUUUGGCUUUGCCAAAAAAGUGGGAUUCGGGAAAAAGACUUGGACUUUCUGUGGGACCCCUGAGUAUGUGGCUCCUGAGAUCAUCUUGAACAAAGGCCACGAUGCGUCUGCAGACUGCUGGUCCCUGGGCAUCCUCAUCUUUGAGCUCCUCAGCGGGAGCCCACCUUUCUCUGGCCCGGACCCCAUGAAGACCUACAACAUUAUCCUCAGAGGGAUUGAUAUGGUGGAGUUUCCAAAGAAAAUCACCAAAAGUGCAGCUAAUUUAAUCAAAAAACUCUGCAGAGAUAAUCCAUCAGAGAGGCUUGGGAAUCAAAAGAACGGGGCGAAGGACAUUCAAAAGCACAAAUGGUUUGAAGGCUUCAACUGGGAUGGUAUCCGCAAAGGCACCCUUACUGCCCCUGUUGUACCCACUGUUGAUGGCCCUCUGGACACCAGUAACUUUGACUGUUUCCCAGAUGACCAAGAGGACCCUCCACCUGAUGAGGAGUCUGGCUGGGAUGUGGAAUUCUGAAUGAACUGAAGCAGGGUGUGUAAUGGCUGAAACAGCGCUCAGACAUUCAGACUCAUUGUCUCUGAACAACACGCUGACAACACAUGCUAGUGCAUUCGCACACAGUAAUGUAAAGAUAUGUGUAUCAGAGAGGCAAGGCUGUUUGGUCAUGGAAUGUUGAAUACAGCUGCCAUUCAGUAUGGUCACUUUGAUUUUGUGGACUGUACUAAAAGAGCAAUCGUGUGGCUUGGUAGAAGGUACAAAUGUUUCCAUGUGUUGUUUCAGGUGAAAUGUUUGUGAUAGUUGGUGUCGAAUACUGUUCAACAGUGUUGUACAUAUCUCUGCUCGACAGGUUCACCGUUCAUGCUUUGCCUACAAUUUUCUAUUUGGUUUCCGAACCCUGUAGGUGUUAUGGCUUUAGAUAGAACUGGCAGAAUAGGAUGGUCUUAACGAUCAGAAUUCAGCUUGAAGACAGCGGCUGCAUGCAGUUACAGGUUAGGACAGCAACUAAGACAACCGGCUUAUGGUCCUUCUGGUUUAUGUAAUUUCUCACACUUUAUGCCUAACAACAAAUAAAACUGACAGUAUAAGUUAUAUGGUGCUAUACCUAGCGUUAUACCUUGGGUGUACAUCAUUGCCAGGGCUUAGGGGUACAUACAUAGCUAAUUAAGUGGUAAUUGUUUUUGAAUUAGUAAUAGUCCAGAACUGUUUGCUUAUGUGUGCAGCUACUCAAGAGUAGGGGUGUAAGAAAAUAUUGAUACACUUGAGUAUCGCAAUAUUAUGUUUUGUGAUACUGUAUUGAUUCUCAAACACUGUUUAUCUGUUUUUAAUUAAUAGUUUACAUGCAAAAUGUCUUAGCAGACAGUGGUUCAUUUUGUGCUGUGUUUAAACCCCCAACUGCUAGAUAGCAGUGUAUCUUCAUCCAGUCUACUCUUCCACUAUUUUUUACUGCUAUAGGCCAAUGUUAAUUCCUUUUCUCAGAUGCACAAAAAGUGAUGAUUGGAUGUUACAGAGCCUGUGAUGAAUGCAAAUGCAGGUCCCACUGGUCUGAUUGCAUAAAAACAUUUUUUACUCAGAAUUUAA